AAACAGCAAAACCCUAAUCCUAAAACCUAGGAAUUCUCUUCUCUCCUCUUCUCAUUCUUUCUUGAGAGUGUGAAGUUUGAGUUUUGUUAUCGAUGUCGGAAAGAAUAGAAGAUUACGAUUCUGACGCUCCCGAGGAAUUCACAGCCGAACAGGGAAUACAACAAGACGAAGAGAUACGAAAAGUUCAGAGAGAAAAUAAAGUUAGGGUUGUUCGUGAAGGAAAAGAACGUCGCAGACAAUGGGCUCAAAAGAUAACACCACGACCUUCACGAGGAAAUGAAAGCAUUAAAGCUGUGGUAGAAACUGGAACAAACCAGGAGUCUCUAGAUACCGGGGGAAUGCUACCAAAUGACAUUGUCGAACUGCUUGCAGCUCGUGAGAAACACGUUUUCUUAUCAGACUCUGAGGAAGAGGAUACAAAGAAAAAGCCUUCCUCAAAAAAGAAAAGGCCCAAAAACUCUGGGCCAGAACCUGUUAUCUUGAACGACAUUCCACCUGCUCAAUGCCUGCAUAACUCGUUAGAGUUUUUGAAGAAAAGGAAAAUGCGGGUUUCAAGAUCAUCUGCAGUUUUGAACAACUCCAACCAAGCACUACGCCUCAUUUCUACAUCUGGCUUGUUAGGCAACAAAUGAUGAUGGGGUAUGUUAUAUUAGAUUUGUUGAUCCGUGUUACAUUGAUGAUGGUGUCGUACUUUUAGCUCCACCGUGCACAUGAUUGUGCAUGAUGAACAUGACAUUGAUUUAAUUGUUUAAUGAAUAUAUUACUGUUUUGAGUUGAACAUGACAUUGAUUUAAUUGUUUAAUGAAUAUAUCACUGUUUUGAGUUGGAAA